AAAUCUGACACAAUCCCAACGAUGAAAGACGAUCAUUCAAUAGCGGAAAGGGCGCGACGAAUGCAACGCCUGAACUACGACAUGACCAGCAUCUGGGCCAGACAACCUCUGAUGAUAUGGGUUAACGGUCAGAUGUGCAGUGGAAUCGCCACAAUCACGGAAAUGAUAUGUAGACAUUUCGGUUUCGAUGCCAUCGAUCUGGAGUUGUUGGUGGCCGAGGAAAUUAAAAUGGACACCGACAGAUCGAAGCUAAUCCACGAAUGUAUCAUUAAACAGGAAGACAUUCCUGAGACCUUUAUUACAGACUUGAUAAAAGAAGCACUCCUGCGGGCGAAUCGCAAGAACCACGGUUACGUGAUGGCUCGUUUCCCGCAAAACAAGAAACAAGCCACGAUGUUCGUUAAGGAAAUUAAAAACGUCAACAUAAUAUUCUUUUUAUAUGCCGAUUUGGCGAACAUAAUGGAUCGCAUGAGAGCCUUUCGCAACGUCGGUCGUAUUGAUAACAUAAAAAAAGAAAUGAUUCAAACCAAGAAAAAAUUGUUGAAGGUCUUCAAAGAUUAUUCCAAGGAAUUGGAAAAAGUGGAGACGAAUGAUGAACCGGAUCAGGUGUUCUUGGUGGUGCAACAGGCAAUUUUAAAUAGGAUCAACAUGCGAAGCGAAACUCAAUCUCUGACGGAAGACGAAGAAACCAAAACUGAAUCGACCGAAAGCAAGGAGAAACGCAAGUCAGAAGAGCUAAGUGAAAAGAAAGAUGUAUCAAGUUCUAAAAUGAGCAGUCUGAAAAUCAAAUUGUCCAAACAACAUGUUAAAGAUGAAGAAAAACCAUCUACCAGUGCUUAA